GGAAAAUGGGGUGGAGAGAAAGGGGAAGGGCCGAUGGCAAUGGCUGCUGGGGUAACUCAGACAACAGCAAGGAGGAAGAUGCUGGGAGGAAGGGGAGGGGGAGCGGGGAGAAGGAGGAGGAGGAGGAGGAGGAGGAGGAGGAGGAGGAGGAGGAGGAGGAGGAGGAGGAGGAGGAGGAGGAGGAGGAGGAGGAGGAGGAGGAGGAGGAGGAGGAGGAGGAGGAGGAGGAGGAGGAGGAGGAGGAGGAGGAGGAAGAGGAGGAGGAGGAGGAGGAGGAAGAGGAGGAGGAGGAGGAGGAAGAGGAGGAGGAAGAGGAGGAGGAGGAGGAGGAGGAGGAGGAGGAGGAGGAGGAGGAGGAGGAGGAGGAGGAGGAGGAGGAGGAGGAGGAGGAGGAGGAGGAGGAGGAGGAGGAGGAGGAGGAGGAAAAAGAGGAGGUGGUGGUGGUGACGGUGGGGGGGGCGGAGGAGGAGGGUGGAGCGAGGAGCGGGGUGGGCGCGCGGCACCAGGCGUGCAGGUCGUCAAUGGCGACGGGCACGUCCUCCAUGCGCGGGUAAGUGCGGUUCAGCGUGUGUGCA